AUGAAUAUGUUUUUUAACAAAUUUAUAAAAAGCACAAAAGAAGAUAAAGGAGGAGAAGCAAAAAAGAAAAUUUGUUGUGUUUGUUUAGAAACGAAAAAAUUAAGAGACGAGUGUAUCAUAAAUUUGGGUGAAGAUCAGUGUAAAAAGUUUAUUGAUGAUCACAAUCAGUGUUUGAGGAAAGAAGGAUUCGAUGUAAAAUAA